AUGUCUUAUGGCGAGUACAACACUGAGGAGGUGAGUGACCAGUUUCAGGACGGCCUUAAUUUGGAUGGCCGCCGCGAGGGCGGCUAUGGAGGCGGCGACGGCGGUGACUAUGAAGGCGAGAAGCCCAAGCACCACCACAAGAAGCACGGUGAUGACGAGGAGGGUGGUCAGGGCUACGGCGGCGGUGGAGAUGGUGACCAGCCCACCUACGGCAGCGGUGGCGGCGGCUACGGCGGCGGUGGCGGUUACGCAGGAGGAGAUGAGGGCCAGGGCCAGGGUGGCUACGGGGGUGGUGAUGCCAGCGAGGGUUAUGGCUCUAAGAAGACCUACGGGGGAGAUGACAGUGAGGGCUACGGCUCCAAGAAGACCUACGGGGGAGAUGACAGCGAGGGCUACGGCUCCAAGAAGACCUACGGGGCAGAUGACAGCGAGGGCUACGGCUCCAAGAAGACCUACGGGGGAGAUGACAGCGAGGGUUACGGAUCCAAGAAGACGUAUGGGGGCGAUGAUGAAAGCGAGGGGUACGGAGCGAAGAAGACCAGCUACGGAGAGGACGACACUGAGGGGUACGGCAGCAAGAAGAAGAGCUACGGGGAUGAUGGCGACAGCUACGGGGCAAAGAAGACCGGCUAUGGGGAUGAUGACACCGAGGGCUAUGGCGCCCAAAAGACUUCUUAUGGGGAUGACGCGAUCCCUCAGGACCAGUACGACGGCGUUUCUGGCGGCCUCUCUGGCGGCGCCUACCCGACACGCGGCGAGGCAGCCCCCACCAACUUCACUGAGGAGCUGACGGAGCUGGCUGCUGGGGCCACCCUUAACGCGGGCCAGACCCUCAAGUCGCCCAACGGCCAGUCCAAGCUGGUGCUACAGGGCGACGGCAACCUGGUGCUCUACAAGGACGGCGCCGCUGUGUGGACUUCUGGGACUGACCGCUCCUCUGAGAAGCCUGCCAUGCUGGCAGAUGACGGCAACGUGUGCCUGUACGCUGCGGGCGGCGCCUUUUCCGGCUGGGCCACCAACACGGGUGGCAGCAGCAAUGUCAAGCUGGUGGUCAGCGACUCGGGAGUCCUUGUGGUGCUCAGCAGAGACACCGGCCUGUGGAGCUCUGCUCCCAUCUCACCAUCGGACGCCGCAGAAAUCGCUUCAGCCGCCACCUCAUCGUACUGA